CCGGCGGCUCCGCUCCCUCGCUCCCCCGGCGCUCGCGGGCGCUAUAAGAAGGCGGCCCCGAGCCGGGCGAGCUCUUACCGAGACCUGCGGGGGGAGCGAGAUGGUCAGCCCCCGAGCCGCAGCCGCAAGAUGCUGGCUGGACAAGUCGUGGUGGGCUGGCUCUCUUCCUCCUCCUUCGCGCUGAUGGUGCUUUUCGGCUCCCUCCGCCCCUCGGCCGCCUACUUCGGGCUGACAGGCAGUGAGCCCCUGACCAUCCUCCCGCUGACCACAGAAAUGGAGGAGGCUGCCACAAAGGCCCACUACAAGGUGUGUGACCGGCUCAAGCUGGAAAAGAAGCAGAGACGCAUGUGCCGGCGGGAUCCGGGUGUGGCUGAGACCCUCAUGGAGGCCAUCAGCAUGAGCGCCCUCGAGUGCCAGUACCAGUUCCGCUUUGAGCGCUGGAACUGCACUCUGGAGGGUCGCUAUCGGGCCAGCCUGCUGAAGAGAGGCUUCAAGGAGACCGCCUUCCUAUAUGCCAUCUCUUCAGCUGGCCUGACCCACGCCCUGGCUAAAGCGUGCAGCGCUGGGCGCCUGGAGCGCUGCACCUGUGACGAGGCGCCAGACCUGGAGAACCGGGAAGCCUGGCAGUGGGGCGGCUGCGGGGACAACCUCAAGUACAGCAACAAGUUUGUCAAAGAGUUCCUGGGGAAGAAGUCCAGCAAAGACCUACGCGCCCGGGUGGACUUCCACAACAAUCUGGUGGGGAUGAAGGUGAUCAAGGCUGGUGUGGAGACCACCUGCAAAUGCCAUGGGGUCUCGGGCUCCUGCACCGUCCGCACCUGCUGGCGCCAGCUCUCCCCAUUCCACGAGGUGGGCAAACAGCUGAAGCAGAAAUACGAGUCCUCCCUCAAGGUGGGGAGCACCACCAACGAGGCAACGGGCGAGGCCGGAGACAUCCCGCCUCCGCGCAGGGCGCUGGGCUCUUCCGGGCCCGGCACCGACCCUCUCCCGCGCACCCCCGACCUCGUGCACUUGGAUGACUCCCCCAGCUUCUGCCUGGCGAGCCGGUUCUCUCCGGGCACAGCUGGCCGGAAGUGUUACAAGGACAAGAAUUGUGAGAGCAUGUGCUGCGGCCGUGGGCACAACACGCAGAGCCGGGUGGUGACUCGGCCCUGCCAGUGCCAGGUGCGCUGGUGCUGCUAUGUGGAGUGCAAGCAGUGCACCCAAAGGGAGGAGGUCUACACCUGCAAAGACUGACCGCCCUCGCGGCCGCCUUCUCCUCCCCCUCUGGGGCUGGGGUGGGGAGGGGGGGACACACUCCGCUCCAGCUCUGCCCUCGAGACCGACACACAGGGUUUGACAGGGGCGGCUCUUGGAUUCAGAAGGCAAUGUUGACGAUGUAAGCACUUUUGUGUGUGUGAGUAUGUGUGUGUGCGCAUGUGUGGUUGUGUGUUCGUGUGCGCGGUUGUGUGUUCGUGCGUGUGUGCGCGCAGGAUGCUGGUGGGGCGACCUAGCUGUUUGACCUUCAAACCCUUCCCCAUCUCCCUCCCUUCCCCUCCACACCAACGUUUGACUCUGGGACCCCAGCUGCCAGCCAUUCUGAAGUAUUCCAACAGAUCUCCGUCCCUCCCCUCCCCGGUUUCAGGCGUUUUCUCCCAUCUCUUAACUUGCUAUUUCCCAAACCCGAGGCAAGAAAUCCAGGAUGUGUGUGGGAUUCCCCUCUCCAUUCCUGCGCUCUCUUCUCCAGUCCCUCUUUGAUUAGGACUGAGGGAACCGAGAGGAAGAGGAGAGAAUCUGAUAAUGUCUCCUUUUUUUGGAGACCAGAGUGGAGGAGGGCAGCUACAGGUCUUAUUAAAGCCAGUGCUGCCCAAGGACAAGGAAACAGAAUUUUUAAGCUGGAAGGGACUGUAGAGCCCAGCCUCCUAUUGCCUCAGGACUUGAGUAACUGGAUUUUCCUCACAGUCUCAGUAGUAGCAGUGAGGGAAAUACAACCUGGACGAUGGGCUCAUUAUUGGAGAUGGAGAUUUCUCACCCAAUGGAUAGGAAACACUUUCUAAUGAUGAGAGAUACCCUAAUGUGGAAUGGGCUUUUUGAGCAGGAAGAGUUCUCCUUUGAUGGAGCUCAUCUGUGGCCAUUUUUUGGAGGAUCCUGUUUCCAGGAUUCAUGCUUUCUGUACAGGUUAAUCUCGCUGGCUGAGUUCCUAUCCAGCUUAAAGGUUUUGUGAUCCUGUCUUAUGGCUUUCUGUUUUAGGGUUCUCCCCUCAGUUCCUCACCAACAGGGGUGAUAGAACAGGGGAAGACUUCAGAAACCCCCAAGAGACAGGAGUCUAGAGAAGGAAGGCUCAUGACUCGCCCAUCUGGUUCCCUAAGCCCUCCCCCCCUCCUUCCAGCACUAUCACUGACUUUGGAAAGCAAGACCACUAGAAAGCUGUCUUUGGAGUCUUUGUCUGAAUCAGGGAAUUGGACGCUUGGCCCCUGUUCCUUCCCAGUUCCUGUUCUACCAAGGGGUUGAGUUAAUUGGAUUUUUCCCUUCCCUUCUUUUCUAGAAGGACACCAGGCACUUCUCUUCUAGUUAGAACAAAUGUCAGUGAUUAUUUUUUGUUGUCACUUGUUAUUAAUAUUAUUAUUAAUUAUUAUUAUUCCCUAUCCCUUGCGCAUCUUGUCUCAUAUUUGCGCACAUUUCCUACUUCUGAAGGGGCGGGCAGAGCCGGAGGAGAAGCAGUAAGAGCCUCGAAUUUGGAUGAGGGGAUUGUACCCGUCUGGCCUUUAUCCAUUGACCAUCCAGCCAAGUGGUGUAGCUGGCCCACCCCCUGCCUCUUGGUUUGCCCUGCUCCCUUCUUCUUCCCUUGACUCUGCUUUGUAUUGUGUUUUUUUUUUCUUUCUAGAAACCACUAAAUUGAAGAAUUUUUUUCAAACAAAACAAAAAGAUAUAAACAUAUACACAUACACAAACACACACACAACUGUCCCUGUCCGUUGAAUAACUGGGAUGCUGAAGCCCAGUGCCCUCUCUGCCUGAGUUGAGAGGGUGACAUCAUGAGGACUGGCCCUCCCCCCUAAAAAAAAUCCAUGCUUCUAAAGCUGUGAAGUAGAAUCCAACACCCACCAUGUCCUCCUAGAAACCCUUGAGUGCACUGGGAUUCAAAGAGACACAUAGUGCUUUAACUUUGUUCCUUCCCCCGGGGAUAUCAUGAGCUGUUGGCCCAUGGCCCGAGGUUCCCAGUGUAGUGAAGCAGUGAUAACCAGGUCGAUCCUUUGGAUUUGUUCUGUUUUAUCUUUCCCUAAGACUGGAAGAUUUGGCUGAGUUUCCUUUGACUGGAUUCUCCUGAACUUGGCCUUGAAGGGAUGAGGGGACGAGGGCUUGGAGAAAAGGGGUUAAUUCACACGUGGCCCCUACUCCCUGUUGUGUUUCCACUGCAGGGUUGGGGGGUGGGAAAAGAAAUUGGGGUGAAGUUAUCUAAGAUUGGUGGGGAAUUGGAGAGAGAAGACAUUCUCUUAGGUUUGGAUCAUAUGAAGUGCAUACUAUUUUGGGGGGUGUUUGGGAAGCAGAAGGGUGGGGUCGGGGAGACAAAGGACUUGGAAUGCCCUGAGUUUUUGUGGUGGUUUUUUGGUGGCAAAUGAGCAUGGGGGAUGGCUUUUGGUCGAUAGAGGAGAAGGUAUAAUCAAUGAAGCCAUUUGUAAAAUACGAUCUUAUUGGUGCAACUGGAACAGGAUGGCGUAGGAAGGGCUGCCAUACUGGAGGUCACCCUCCCUGCCCUCCUCUGUUCUCAAGGCAACAUAUAUUUAUUGUCACAAACUUUCCCAAAGAAACUUCUGGUUUGAAUGUGGUAUCAAAGCUCUGCCUGUGUGUGCCUUUCCCUCUCUCAAUCUCUCCCAUGCAGAAGUCAGUCAACAAGCAUUUGUUAGGUGCCAGGUACUGUGCUAAGUGCAGGGGGGGUACAAAUAAAGGCAGAAUACAGCCCCUGCUCUCGAAGAUCCUUCAGCUGAAGUGAAGCCCUUUCUCUUGGGGGUAAGGAAGGCAGAUGAUACUUGGAUGGAGCCUGAUGGCUUUUGUCUGGAGAUCAUUCUUAGGUCAUAGAAUUUAGAGUUAUUCUGCUAUGCCUAUUGUGUGUUUUAGAGGUAAAGGAGCUGAAUGGGUAAUACAAUAGCUUGUGACAGUGUUUAUAUAUAUAUAUAUAUAUACAUAUAUAUAUAUAAAUAUAUGUAU